CACGCACGCACGCGAUCACGCGACGUUCCCACGCUCCAUCAUUGCCGUCAUUGCUGUUGCAUCAGGUGUUCCUUGUAAGGAAGAAGACGGGCAAGGAUGCCGGCACCCUCUACGCCAUGAAAGUGCUCAAGAAGGCUACUCUCAAAGUGCGUGAUCGGUUCCGCACGAAAGCGGAGCGCGACAUUCUGGCGUCCAUCCGUCACCCGUUUAUCGUCCACAUGCACUACGCGUUCCAGACGGCGGGAAAGCUGUACAUCAUCAUGGAUUUUCUCCGCGGCGGCGACCUCUUCACCAGACUCAGCAACGAGGUGAUGUUCACGGAGCAGGAUGUGCAGUUCUACCUGGCCGAGCUGUGCCUGGCCCUGGAGCACGUGCACAGUCUUGGCGUUAUCUACCGCGACCUCAAGCCCGAAAACAUUCUCCUCCACGACUCGGGGCACAUUGCCCUGACGGACUUUGGGCUGUGCAAGGAGUACACGGAGACGGCGGAGGGCAAGACGUACUCCUUCUGCGGGACUGUCGAGUACAUGGCGCCCGAGGUGGUCAACAGGAAGGGCCACGACCAGUCUGCGGACUGGUGGUCCUUUGGCGUGCUCAUGUACGAGAUGCUCACGGGCGAGCUGCCCUUCACAUCGGACAACCGCAAGACCACCAUGCAGAUGAUCCUCAAGGCGCGGCUGUCCAUGCCGCAGUUCCUGUCCCCUCAGGCGCAAUCGCUCCUCCGCAAACUCUUCAAGCGCGUCCCCACAGCCCGCCUCGAUUCGCCCGCGCCGCCGCCGACUGCUGGCCACAUUGACAUGUUCCAGCACUUCAGCUACGUCUCCCCAUCCGUCCUCACGGACGAAUCUCGCAAGGCCGUCGCAAAGCCGCUCAGGGCCGAUCUGCACCCGAAGGUGAAGCGCACACCCAUCAUCCUCGAAUACGAAAUCAAGGAGGACAUUCUCGGCGCGGGCACGUUCAGCGUGUGCAAGCGCGGCGUGCACAAGGCGACGGGCAAGGAGUUUGCCAUCAAGAUUAUCGACAAACUCAAGCGCAACCCUGAGGAUGAGAUUGACAUUCUCUUCCGCUACGGCGGGCACCCCAACAUCCUCACCCUCUACGAGGUGUUUGACGAGGGAAACAGCUGCUACCUCGUGACGGAGCUGCUGCGCGGCGGAGAGCUCCUUGAUCGCAUUCUUGAGCACGGCCGCCUCUCAGAGCAAGAAGCGCAGCCCAUCAUCCGGCUGCUCAUUGAAGUCAUCGAUUACCUCCACAGCCAAAACGUUGUGCACCGCGACCUCAAGCCGAGCAACAUCCUCUACGCCGACCCCUCACACACGCCAGAGUCCAUACGCAUUGCCGACUUUGGGUUUGCAAAGCAGCUGACUGCGGAGAACGGGAUGCUGAUGACGCCGUGCUACACCGCCAACUUCGUCGCGCCGGAGGUCCUCAAGAAGCAGGGCUACGACAAGGCGUGCGACAUGUGGAGUGUGGGUGUGCUGCUGUACAUCACGCUCGCCGGCUUCCCGCCGUUUGCAUCGGCGCCCACAGACACAUCCGAGGACAUUUUGAAGCGCAUCACCGUUGGUGCCGCCCCAUUUGGCCAUCCCGUCUGGCACGCCGUCUCAGACUCGGCAAAGGAGCUGAUCCAGGGCAUGCUGCACACGGACCCGGAGCGCCGCAUCACGGCACACCAGGCCCUCCUCCACCCAUGGCUCAGAGAGCGCCCGUCGACGGCGCCGGCCGGGCAGAUGGACGAGAAGCUGUCGCCAACACACGUUGCGCAGAUGAAGGCGACAGUUGAGGCCAUGUUCACCGCCAAGGACACGCCAUCCCCCGUCUCCCUCGCCCCAAUCUCCGAGUCAACGCUCGCAAAGCGCCGCAAGCACCUCCCCGCACUGCCAAAGUUGGAUGAAAUGGAAUAGAAGCAACCGAGAUACAAGUACACGUAUCAACAUCACGCCAGGGCGCAAUCGCUACCGCUGCUGUUGCGUGUGCAGCAGCUUGCCCUCUUGCUCGCUUUGAUUUUUCGUCUCCGUUUCGUCCUUGUGCAGACCAGUUCCCUUGUUUUGUGUAUGUGUGCCAUCCCCUCUUCCACCCACCCCUUUGCUGACUUGCACGCGUGUGCUGUGAACUCUUCCCCUCGUCCUUCACUCCUCCUCUCCCCCUCCUCUCCCCUCGUUCCUGUCUUGCACAUUGUUUGUUCUGUUGCCCCUGCCCUGACACCUCCCUCCCCUCAAUUCCCCUCCACCUUCCGUUCGAUCUUCCUUCGUUCGUGCGAGCGUGCGUGUGUGUGUGGGUGUGUGGGUGUGCUUGGGACUCUUCCCUGCCUUUUGCAUUGUCAUUGCCGUUCUUGCUGCUUCGCAUUUGCCACGUUAUCGAAUCUCUCCGCUCUUGCAGACGCACGUAAACACGCACACGCACACCACG